UCCUCUUCAAAACAGACCCAAAGCAGUCUACUCUACAGUCGAGAAUACAUAAAGAUAUACAAAAUAGAUAUUAACUAUUAACUAUUUACAUCUCCGCGCAGCAGAGAGCCCCAAGAACCGCCGAUCUGCGCAGCCACGGCAAGUCUGAGACUCCGCAUGACCUCACCAGGCCCAGCCUCUCCACUCAUACUUGCUCGCCUCUCCUUAAGCCAGCCAGCUCUCCCCUUCCCCCAAACCUGCUGGUUUCAUCGUUCUUUGGGUCAUUUUCUCUAAUGCAUCCCUAUUGAGGCUUUAUCUUAUCUGCCACUGUAUCAUCAUUGCCCGUCGUUCCUGGUGAAGCUGGCACGAUGCGGUGGUCUCUCGUUGCUCUGGCAGCAACCCUGCUGCACACGGCCCUGGGAGAGGCCUCGAGACUGACUCCCCCCGUCCUUCCCUUGAUUGUCCGCAAUCCCUAUCUCAGCACUUGGCUGGGAAAUGCCCGUGAUGAGCCAUGGGAGAAAUGGCCCAUGUUCUAUACCGGAGAGGAUGUCGGUCUCUCGUUGAUGGCCCAGGUCCCCAGUACCGGUCUCGUCUAUCCAUUGCUGGGCAGGCCUCAUGAUUCCUUGCUGCCCGUUGGACACAAAGAUGGAUAUAAUGUCUCGUACCCAGUCUUUGUAGGGACCAAGUAUGAUGCCUCUACCACGAACCUGACAUACCAGAUCCCUUCCCCUUCCCCGAAUGGCUACCCGCUCGAGCUCACUGUCUCGUUCCUGUCUCCCAUCACACCCACAUCGACCCUGCGCCAGUCCAUUCCGGCAUCCUAUGUGACCGUAUAUGUCCAAGGCGACUUUGACGUGAAUGUCUACAUUGAUGUCAAUGGACAAUGGGUGAGCGGAGAUCGCGGCAGCCAGAUCGUCUGGGGAUUCGACCAUCUCGUUGCACAGGGAGGUGAGAGCAGCAGCCUCAAGAAAUGGCAGGUUAAGAGACAGGGAGAGUUGCUGUUGUCGGAGAUCAACGAUCGCGCGGAAUGGGGAACUCUGCACUUCGUCGGGCCUGCUGAUGCUCAACAUGAGUCCGGAACCUCUGCCCUUCUCAGACAGCGCUUCGCAAAGACAGGCACCCUGCGGAACGUCAACGACCAGAAGUUCCGUGGCGUCAUGGACCAGGAGCCCGUCUUUUCCUUUGCGAAGGAGUUCCAGCUGAACUCAACUGGCGGCGUCACAACCGGCAGUGUCACCUUCACGAUCUCUCACAUCCAGGACCCGGUCGUCCAAUAUGCCUCAGCACGUGGACUGACAUUAAUGCGACCUCUCUGGAAGUCCUGGUUCGGAACCGAGGACAGCCUUCUGUCGUUCCACUAUGCGGACUUUGCUCAUGCCAGUGCGCUGGCAUCGAACUACUCCGACCAAUUGGCCAUUGAUGCUUACGAGUCUGGAGCAGAGGACUACGUAGACAUUGUUGCCCUGUCCGCACGACAGAUUAUGGGUGCGACCAGUUUCUCUGGAACGGACGAGGAUCCGAUUCUGUUUUUGAAGGAGAUCUCUUCAAACGGCAACUUUCAGACUAUCGAUGUCAUCUUCCCGGCAUUCCCGUUCUUUUUGUACACUAGCCCUCGUUGGCUGGCAUACCUUCUGGAGCCGUUGAUUGAGCAUAUGCUCAGUGGACAAUACCCCAACACAUAUGCCAUGCAUGACCUUGGAACACAUUUCCCGAAUGCGACUGGACAUCCAGACGGCCGGGACGAAUAUAUGCCCGUGGAGGAGUGUGGAAAUAUUCUUAUCAUGGGCUUGGCUCUCGUCAACUCUCUCCGUUACUCAGCCGAUGACCAGGCGUCAUCGAGAUGGGCUGCUCACGGCGCACCGACUCGAGUCAUGGCUGAGAGCGAGUCGAGCCUGUUCCCACUGACUGACCUCCAGGCUGUUUCUGGAAUAAACCAUCAGGAUGGCAAAUGGGGCGGUCCGAAGGAGGGUGUGCAUCUGGCAAAGAAAUGGGUCGAUAGGACCUACCGCCUAUGGAAGCAGUGGACCGGCUAUCUAGUUGACUAUUCGCUGGAACCUGCCAACCAACUUUCGACGGAUGACUUCGCCGGCUGGCUUGCCCUGCAGACAAACUUGGCCCUGAAGGGUAUCAUCGGUAUCAACGCCAUGAGCCAGAUCUCUGAAGUAGCUGGAAUUCCGGAGGAUGUCCAGUACUAUAAGAAUAUAUCCGAUACGUACAUCGCCAAGUGGGAAGAAUUCGCUAUGUCGAGAGACAAGACCCAUGCUAAGCUGGCUUACAACUGGUAUGGCUCGUGGACCACUCUGUACAAUCUUUACGCCGAUGCUCUCUUGUGCUUCCAUCUGGAUGGCACAGAACAGAGCCUUGCUGCCUCAGGCACUACGCAGGUGCCUCUGUCUUCCAAGAAGAUCGGAUUCGUCCCGAGACAUAUCUACGAGAAGCAGUCUACCUGGUACCACUACGUGCGUCAGAAGUAUGGCUUGUCUCUGGACAGCCGUCACCUCUACACCAAGACCGACUGGGAAUUCUUUUCCAUGGCAGUGUCCAGCGAGAAUGUCCGCAGUGAGAUCCUGGAAUCUGUUGCAACAUGGAUCAACGAAACGGUGACGGAUCGCCCAUUCACUGAUCUCCAUAAUACAGAGGGAGAUGGUGGGUUCCCAGGACCGAACUUCUUUGCUCGCCCUGUCGUGGGUGGUCACUUCGCCUUCUUGGCCCUCCAGCGAGCUUGUGGCGGACGCGCCAUGGACGGACUGUCAUUCCUGGAUGACGAUGGUGGAGUGAGCAACUCGUUGCGUGAGAGCCGCGCCGACUGGGCUGCUGCUGCACGCGCAGCUGCUGAGUUCACCUCCGGUUCCUCCGAGUAUAUAAAUGAUCCCUAUGAAGAUGACGAGCUAUAAACAGAACAGAGGGCCACGACAUAGACUCGCUGCAUCUUGCUUAUUUUUUUGUAUAUUCAAUAUCCUCAGCAGCAGAGGUGGUGUCGCCUUUGUCUCAGGACCUUCGCUUUGGCUACGGUGCCCUCUGUUGGACGGAGAUGUUUAUUUAUCCUUAUGCUAUCCGAUAAAGCAAACCCAAAAACAACACCUAUAGCAUAGCUGCUGACACAAUCGAAUACAAAAGCCGUUAUUGCUUAACGAU